GAUGAUGCUUUUAUAGAAGCUUCUUUCUACUUCUCCUAUGUUUGCUGCCAUGGCUCCAAUCAUUUUUCUUUUUCUUCUUGCAACUUUUCUUGCUCAUCCAUUUUCCCUCCUAGCUAAACAUGCAAAUCACAUAUCAUCUAGCAUUAGUGUUGUUGGUGUUGUUUACUGUGAUACUUGUUCAACCAACAGUUUCUCUAGACACAGCUACUUCUUGCCAGGUGUGGAUGUUCAAAUACAAUGCACAUUCAAAGCCAAUGCACCAAAAACAGCAGAGCAAAUAAACAUCUCCGUUAACAGGACGACAGAUAGAUAUGGAACAUACAAGCUAGAAGUACCACAUGUUGAUGGGGUUGAUUGUGUAGAUGGUUCAGCAAUUGAAUCUGUUUGCCAAGCAAGUUUGAUAAGCAGCUCAACUCCAGCCUGUAAUGUUCUUGGAUCAAAGACAACAACUGAUCAAAUAUCAAUCAAAUCCAAGCAAGAUAAUCACUGUAUUUACAGCUUGAAUGCAUUGAGUUACAAGCCAGCUAAAACAAAUGCUACCUUGUGUGGAAAUCACAAUGAAGAAGAGUUGCUAAGUUCCUUCAAUUCCUCAAAAUGCUUUCUCCCUUACUUCCCACCUUUCCCUUGGCCAUAUCCUCUGCCCCAAUUUCCUCCACUGCCUCCAUUACCUUUCCCUCCUUUACCACCAUACUCAUCACUACCUUUUCCUCCAUUACCACCACUUCCAUCUUUCCCAUUUCCUCCCUUUCCAUUUCCAUACUCAUCACCACCUUCUUUGCCUUUCCCAUUCCCACCUCUUCCACCAACACCAUCUUUCUUUCAGCCACCGCCUCCGCCAGCUUUUAAUCUAGGUGAUCCAAGAACUUGGAUACCUCAUAUUCCUUCAUUAUCAUUACCUCCUCCACCUCCACCUCCACCAGCUUUUAAUCUAGGUGAUCCAAGGACUUGGAUACCUCAUAUUCCUUCAUUAUCAUCACCUCCUCCUCCACCUGCAUUUAAUCUAAGAGAUCCAAGAACCUGGAUACCGUACCUCCCUCCAUCUCCACCCAAUAGCCCUCAGAAUCAAAACCCAUAAUAGGUUUGCUCAAGUUAUUUCAAAAUUGGUGUGUUUAAUAUGUCAUUAUUUAUAAAUUACAUGAGCUUUUAUAUGUAUGAUAAAAACAAAUGAGUAUAGGAACAUAAUUUAUUUCUUCUGAUAAGAUCAUUACAACUAUCAUUUAACUUUUGUCUUAACAACAAAAAUUAAAUAUGUAAUUACCACCAGAAUGCAAGCAAUAUAUGCAGACACAUCAAUCUUGAAAGUGGGAAUCCCCUUGUGACUCAACUGAUGGUAGUAAUGCAAUUGGGCAUGCAGAGAAGUAAGAGCAAAGAUCAGAUGGCAAAGAGAAUGAUGAUUUUAAGAUAGGAAGUGAUCUGGUAGAGGCCUAUAAGUGGGUUUAUUAAAGCCUUGUUGAAGUAGAAUUUGGAGCUUAUUGUACAUAGAGUUAUUGUCUUUGUUGAUAUUGUUGUUGUCACAGUAGAUAAGGUUUGGGUUUGUUGGGUAUGUUCAUGUUCAGUUGUGGGGAUUGAAGUGAAAGAAAAUGAAAUGGGCUUUUUGGGUUGCUUUUAGUUUGUAGCAGCAAGAGAAAUUUUAGAAAGGAGACAACCUGAUCUUACCA